AUGUUUUCAGCGCUGUACGGCGUUUCUGUGCUGCUAAACUUGGUUGUGUUUUUUCGUGAGGCAGAAUUGCAACCUGUAUUUACAGCAGAACCUUCAAAUCCAUUCCCUGUUCUGGAAGGUAACAACAUCACUUUGGAAUGGAGCUACGAUCUUAGAGGUGGAACGUUCAGACGUGUUGAGUUUGAGGAGGUUAUAACUUCUGGCACAAUCCUGAUUGUAGAAGUCAAUACCCUAGGCCAGACACCAUCAUUCUUGAAAAACGAAUACAAAGGUCGAUUACAACUGAAUACUGCAGGAACAGGACAAAGUGAAAGUGUUACUGUUACUGUUAAUGUUCCAUCCUUCAUACAACCAAUACAAAAUAAGACAGCGGAAGAAGGUGAAAAUGUGACUGUGUCAUGUAAUGCCUCUGGGACUCCUCCACUAAUGGUGUCUUGGAUCAAGGUUGAUGGUGGUGAACGUUUCGAUGGAAGUGAGUUAGUGUUGACCCAUAUUAACAGAAGUCAAGCUGGAGAAUACAGGUGUGAAGCCAGUAAUGAGUGUGGGAAUGCAUCAGAGUCAGCAACAAUUGUAGUGCAGUUCAAACCAGACAAAGUGCAAUUGGAAACAUCUGCAGCUGAUAACAAAGCAUGUCGUGGUGGUGAUAUUAGCAUUAACUGCUCAGCUGAUGCUGUUCCAUCUGUGACAUCAUAUCAACUGUUUGAGAAUGACACUGCUAUCUUAGACACAACAGGAAUGUGGACCAGGAAUUUUACAACUGAAGAAACGUUCAUCUACAAAUGUGUGGCUAACAACUCUUUGGGAACAGGAGAAAGUGUAACUGUUACUGUUACUGUCAAUGUUCCAUCCUUCAUACAACCAAUGCAAAAUAAGACAGCGGAAGAAGGUGAAAAUGUGACUGUGUCAUGUAAUGCGUCUGGGACUCCUCCAGUAAUGGUGUCUUGGAUCAAGGUUGAUGGUGGUGAGCAUUUUGAUGGAAGUGAGUUAGUGUUGACCCACAUAAACAGAAGUCAAGCUGGAGAAUACAGGUGUGAAGCCAGUAAUGAGUGUGGGAAUGCAUCAGAGUCAGCAACAAUUGUAGUGCAGUUCAAACCAGACAAUGUGCAAUUGGAAACAUCUGCAGCUGAUAACAAAGCAUGUCGUGGUGAUGUUAUCAGCAUUAACUGCUCAGCUGAUGCUGUUCCAUCUGUGACAUCAUAUCAGCUGUUCGAGAAUGGCACUGCUAUCUUCGACACAACAGGAAUGUGGACCAAGAACUUUACAACUGAAGGAACUUUCGUCUACAAAUGUGUGGCUAACAACUCGUUGGGAACAGGACAAAGUGCAAGUGUUACUGUUACUGUCAAUGUUCCAUCCUUCAUACAACCAAUACAAAAUAAGACAGCAGAAGAAGGUGAAAAUGUGACUGUGUCAUGUAAUGCCUCUGGAACUCCUCCACUAAUGGUGUCUUGGAUCAAGGUUGAUGGUGGUGAGCAUUUUGAUGGAAGUGAGUUAGUGUUGACCCAUAUUAACAGAAGUCAAGCUGGAGAAUACAGGUGUGAAGCCAGUAAUGAGUGUGGGAAUGCAUCAGAGACAGCAGCAAUUGAAGUGCAGUACCCACCAGAGAAUGUUCAAUUGAAGACAUCUACAGCUGACAACAAAGCAUGUAAAGGUGAAACUAUCAGCAUCAACUGCUCAGCUAAUGCUGUUCCACCUGUCACAUCUUAUGAGCUGUUGGAGAAUGGCUCUGUGGUAUCAGACACAUCAGGAAUGUGGAGCAGGACAUUUUCAAGUGGAGGAGUGUUCAUCUACAAAUGUGUGGCCAAUAACUCUUUAGGAUCAAUAGAAAGUGAAAGUGUCACUGUAACUGUUAAUGGUAAGUAAAUAUUUUUAUCUUGUUGUG